UGUGAAAAAGCAAACAGUUAUUGUGAAACGCUAAUCUUGCAAUGGAUUGGUUGAGACAAACAGUGCUCAUCUGUUUGGGAUGCAUUCUAUCGGUACGGUCUUGUGGCCAACUUCCUGCGAAUGUGACCAAGUGGACGCCAUGGCACGUGAAAAUGUACGAAAAGGAUUUCCACAUCGGAGAUCCGGCUUGUGGUGCGACUUUGAUCAGCGCAAAUUUUAUAAUCACCGCUGCACACUGUCUUUACGAUCUUGGCGGUUCAAGGAUAGAUCCUAGUUUUUUACGAUUGAAGUUCAGUGAUGGAACCGAACGCAGAAUUCGAGACGUGCGUUUCCCGACAACGACAUUCGAGGUCAACAGUUUUGAUGACGACAUUGUAAUGAUUGAAUUGAACAUUCCGGUUGAUCAUCUUAAACCGAUUUGUCUUGUGAAGAAUGACGAAAACAGUUUCAUAAUUAAAAAAUUCAGGGUGCCUAUCAUAACAGAACGUUAUAAGCAACAGAAUUUGGAAAUACUCGAUAUGCAUCAGAUGGAUGUUACAAAGUGUAACCAAAACAAUGCUCUAAUUUAUCGGAGAAACUUCGAAAAUCAAAUUUGUAUGGGAAAUUUUUCAAAAUUCCACAAGUAUCAACCGAAUAGAGGCAGCGGAGUAACUAUUGAAUCACAAAGACUAUGGACUUUGGAAGGGAUUCUACUGUACACAACCGGACCUACAAAAGUGCAUGUGGAUUAUGCAGCAGCCCUUCAAAUCAGUCCUUAUAUGAACUGGAUUUUAGAUACGUUGAACCACUCUCACUGGCGAUUGAGUGAAAAACGAUGUCAAGAAUACAUGGCGAACAUGACUCACCCACCGUACAACAGAGUUCAUCCUACCGUCACGCUCACGAGUGCGCUUUAUUUUAGGAUACCGUCUUGCCAUGCUACUUUAAUCAGCGAUAGAUUUCUCCUGACAGCAGCUGCGUGCGCCACUUCGACAAAUUACAUAGCAUUUGAUAAAGUUUUCCUAUCCCGGAUACCUCGAGAUCGUUUCAAAUUCCAUUUCCAUCCCAACGAUGUAGACAGGAAUGGCAUAGCACUUAUUGAAAUGGAUCUUAAGCCACAAAAUCUUAAGGCACACCUAAAAUGCCUCUGGACGGACAUAUCUACAGCGAUGAACUUCCAAACCAAUCUUGUAACACUGCGAUCGGAAGUGGUUGGAGUGGUUCCUCUCACGGUUCAGUAUCGUCCGGGACGGCCAGUGGAGUUGAAUUUUACCGGAUGGUGUGAACCUUUUAUUGUAUAUGAACAGCUAGAGCCAGGAGUAGGACUCAUCAAAAGAGUCCAUGGUGAAAACCUCAGUCGUAUUGUAGGUAUCAUCACAACACCGCCAAGAGGCUGCAAGCUUUCUUACGCGGUCGAUAUUGCAGACUAUCUAGAUUGGAUCGAGACGACAGUUUGGAAGUCUUAACUUCGCUCCAAUGAACGGGGUUUGUUUUGAUUUCAUGUAGGGGAAAACUUGUCAGAACACACCAAUUAAACAUAAUGGUAUUUACAGCGCAAUCAAUAAUUUAAGAACUAAAUUAAACUUUCACAACUAUUCAGAAAUCUAAAUUUUAUUUUUGUAGAAAAAAACUAAAACUGAUAAAAAAAAACUAAAAUCUGGCAACACUGCGGAACAAUACAAGCUUUCUGACGAAUCUUCACAAUGUGAGGAACUCCUUUGUAGGGAACACUUCAAAUCAUUAUGAUGCACGUGAAAACUGUUAUCUACAGAGAUUUUAAGUUAGCUUUUUUUCCAUAUAUUUUCGUAUAAAAUCUAUGGAAAGGUAAUAGCAAAAUUGUAAUGCCGGGACCACUUUCCUCAAUUGUUUUUUAUCUUAUAAUAUUUUUGUUAUUUUUUAUUUAAUUUUGUAAUAUUGGUAAACCUAUUUAAAUUAAAA